UUAUCUUGAGCUGUUGAAGCUCUAACUAAUGUGAGUAUUCUGGGUCUGCCUUCCAUCUGGGGAGUGAAGAUUACACAGUAUUAUGCUAUGAUGUGUUUCUUUCUCUUCAUUUUGAGGAACAUCGUAUGGACUAUUUGUAUUUGUGGUCUCCAUUAAAGACGCUUUUCACUUUGGAUAUAUUCCUGCAUAUUGGUCUGUAUUAUUAUCACUAGUUGUGUGUGGUUUUUGGUACACAUUUUAUUUUUAAUAAAUACAGAAUGUCUGACAGUGAGGAUCUGUAGAAAGUAUAAUAUCAAUACUGUAGUAUUAGAUUUAAAUUACAUUUAAACAACUCUUAUUUAACAUUUGUGUGAGUGCUGCUCUUUGAUAUAAAUAAUUGAGGGGGGUGAUAAUACAUUUUUAAGGUUGUGGUAUGUCCCACUCAUAAGUAGAUUGUCUACUCCUGAGCUUAUAUUGUAAAGUUUUGGAAAUAUUCAUAUUUAAGUUCCAACUGUAACAUCAACAGAGCUAACCAUACUAAAUGCUUGUGCUGAAUCACUAGCACAUAUGUAAUAACCUAAACAGCUGAUCUGUAUCACUUAAAUUGUUAUGUGUGCCUUUAAUAAUAACAUACGUACAGUUAAUCAGAAAACAUAAAUUAUGCUUACCUGAUAAUUUUCUUUUCUUCCGUUGGAAAGAGUCCACAGCUACAUUCAUUACUUUUAGAAAAUCAGAACCUGGCCACCAGGAGGAGGCAAAGACACACCAGCCAAAGGCUUAAAUACUCCUCCCACUUCCCUCAUCCCCCAGUCCUUCUGCAAAGGAAUAAGGAACAGUAGAAGAAAUAUCAGGGUGAAAAAAGGUGCCAAAAGAAUAAAGACGCCCCACUUAAGAAAACGGGUGGGGAGCUGUGAACUCUUUUCAAAAUAAGAAAAGGAAAUUAUUAGGUAGGCAUAAUUUAUGUUUUUCUUUUGGAAUUGGAAAGAGUCCACAGUUGCAUAAAUUACUUUUGGGAAAACAAUACCCAAGCUAAAGAGGACACUGAAUGCCAAAACGGGAGGGUACAUAGGCGGCCCAUUCUGAGGGCACCAAGCCUGAAACGCCAACCCAACAAAAACCUUGCUUCGUUUGAAGUCGAGAAAACUUUGAAAAGGAAAGGCCCCAAGGACACUGACCCACAGAUAGUCCAGAAGCCUAGCUAGAGACCGCAAAAUCAGACUCGACUGAGCCAACAUUCCUCCAGGAGACAGUCACCCAACAGUCAAUCCCUCACCCCUCACUAAUGAGGGGAACACCAGCCUAAACUCCCCAAGGGAUAGGGCAAGGAAGAACCGAAGGAAAACCGAAAGGUCACCACAAAAUUCUUAAAAGGAAAACCCCAAAUAGCGAGCCCAGCUCACAAAGACCAAAUUGGUCCUGACAGACAAUUGGAGGCUACGCCCAGACCAAGCAGAAACCAGAGGUUUAGGACCGGGCAUCGAAACAGAGAAACCUGUCUCUUAACAUCGUGCAAAAGCACUAAUAGACAAAACCCUGAGUCAAGAACACGCAGCCAUCAUCAGGAUGACAAAAAGACUACUUGCUGAGAAGUAAAAAGCUGCCAGCAAGAGAACAGAUUACAAAAUAAAAACUCCCAGACAGAGGGCACACUCUAGGCAAUCAACGAGGCCCACUGCACCCCCAAGAGAGAGGUUACACCCAGAACCCAAAGGUGGAUGGUAACCCUGAACCUUCUGCUUUUAAGCACAGGGAGCUAGCAACUAUGCCAGACCUAAAUCCUGAAGAUGACAACACAUCUCAGAACCCACUCCCAGCCCAAGCAUCGGUAGGUCUGAAACAGAAGAACCCCAACAUCAGCUCAAAAACUGGUGGAAGAAUGGUCACAGCCAUACCAACAAAGCACAAGUGCCAAAACGACUCCUUAUAAACAGAUGACAAGGCUCUAGACCCAAAAGAAUCUAACAAAAGGCCCAACAUAGUCUUGACACGGAGUCAGCAAGACUCCAGAUGGAACAUAACAACCCAGAGAGAAACACCCCUCUCUGAAGGUUAACUCUCAGUUCCAAUCUCCUGAAUCCAGGAGAAUCCCUAAGAAAAGGGACCACACCCCGAUUAAAAGGUGAAUAAGCCCCCCACCCUAAGAAAGGGGAUAGGGUCAAAAAGGCAGAGCACCUGCCCACAAGACACGAAGCCACAGGCUAAAGGAGAGAUCAAUCUCCAACACGGAUGAACUUGGAAGGAAUCCCCCUAAAGAAUUAGCUUGCUAACAAACAUCCAAUGUGCAAUAGCUGCAGCAGUGACACUGCAAACCCAUUCACCUGCAGAGCAGUGAAUCCAUAAGGCUACUACAGAAAGCUGACCAAGGGAAACCGACCAUAAAGGCGUAAGUCAAGCCCAGUGAGCAUUGGCACUCAGAAAACCUGGCCAACCGUGACCAAGUCAAUCAGUCUGAGUAAAAGGAAAUAGCCCAAGUUCCCAAGAACUCGAACCAACCCUAGAACCAAAAAGUCUGAGAACAGCUCCACAAGGGAAAAACUGAGCGAAGCCUCAGCAACCGGAAGCACCACGGAGAAACAGAUCCCCCAAUUGUUUAAACAAACAAUAUCCAAAAAUGGAACACCCCAUCUGAUAUAAAAACUAGACCACAAGGAGAUAUCAAUGCAAUAUCCAGAUCAACCCGGAUAACGAGAUAACUCGCAAGUCCCGACCCAAGGAAGAGACCACCCUUGCCAAAGUCCAAGGCGAUAAAAGUCAUGCAAUGACACUACAGCCCAUAGACUCUCAAACAGCAGCAGGACAACAAGCAAGGGUAUACCUCGAGGCCAAAAUCACUCAAGCAAAGCCUUGUCUCCACAUCACCUCCAUACAUUUAGGGGAUCACAUAGACAAAAGGAUUCGAAGAACCCCAAGCAGAGCCCAAGGAGACCACGCCUAGUGUCCCUAACAGGGAACAACCAUCUCCCAGAGGGGAACCCAGGUCCCUAAAAGGAGACCUAACCCGCAUGGAGACAAUGAAAGAAGACCAAAAGGUCUCAUAAAAACAGCUAGACAAUACACAGUCAAUGUGCAAUAGCUGCAGCUGGUCACAUUCUGCAAACCAUCCACUGCAAGACAGCUGAACUACUCAUUAAACUACUAGCUACUGAGAACUAAGUCCAGAAAGACAAUUCCCAGGGCCUCAAAAGAAAAAAGGCCAAACCGCCCAACUCGGCGGCAAGAGGGCGCUGAGCCCUCCAACCCUCCACUACAUGGGGAAGGGAACUCUAGGGUCUGACAACCCCAGACACAAGAGAGAGUGACUCAGCGGAACUCCACUGACCCAGUCAUCUAUAUUGAAGGCUAUAAGGACUGAGACAAUCCUUCCUGCCUCACGGACCCACUGGUCUUCUAGAAUGCUUAGUUGAACACAAAUGAUAACAUGAGCACUCGGCACCUCCACCAGACCAGCCAACCAGAACGGCGCCACAUGUCUGAACAGCUACCAGACAGAACUGAACCCAAACAGGACCAGCCUGCAAUCCGGGUCUUAACCGUCAAGCCUCAUAAAUCCUCCCUCAGAGAGGAAGAAGGAAAAAACAAAGGACUAACAUGUCCUCAAAAAAACUUCCACAGAAGUAACAGAGUAUUGAUCCCAAAAGAUUCCCGAAGGAGACAGAUAAACAAAAAAUAAAAGGACAUCCAAUUGGAUGAAAAUAAAUACAAGAUAACCCGUAGGUUAACGCCCAAGAAGAAACAGGCUUAACCGCAGGACCAGCCAAACGGAGCCCUGAUCUUCCAAAAACUGGGAAAGAUCUCAAUACAUGGACAAUCAGAAGAUUACAUCAUCCCCACGUGUCUAAUGAGGUGCACCAUUCGAAGAAGCAGACUGAGUAUUCCCGUAUCCGAUAAGGAAAGGGUCAUUCAAUAACUGAAAAACAUGUUUGUGUAACACACGAAGGCGCACAAUUCUGUUACCAAAGGCACAACACUCAGGGACAGUCGCACCCACAGGGAACUGUACAGUCCAAGGUGGAAUACCAGGGAAAAUAGGGCACAAGCACAAUUGCGCAUAAACGUCUGGACUCUGCAGACAAACAAUUGCCAAAAAAUAUGUGAAAGUGAAAUGUGCCGCAAUCUCCGGGGGGAACCAUCCGCCCCUCAUGGGGGAAUAAUCAGAAACUGGGUUACCCGCAUGUGUAGAAGUAUGGAUCUGUAGGGAACUCGCCUCUUGGAGGACAGGACCCCCAGAGGCGAAUGGCUCAGCUGGCCCUUGAAUACCCGAGGCUGAGGAACAAAGCACUCUAAUACGGCAUACAGAACAUAACUGAUUGACAGGUGUCCACGAGGCCAAUCCGGAUUCUUCACCGGAUGAAGGAUCUGAAUCUGAAAGAAGAACAGUCUCCAUAUUAGAAUCCUCCAUAACAGAGUCUGAAAAUUGAAUGGUCUCAGCAUCAGAAUCCUCCAUAACUGGAUGGAGUAUAUGCAAAUAUGGACUAAAACAAAAAACGGCACUUGACACCCACAAUGGCUGGGGCAUUCACCACCUCCUAUGACCAGACCCUUCAGACAAGAAUUUCUCAGUCGCCACAUGUCAGGAAUGUGGAAAUGGAAGACAGAACGUAAUCACGCCCGGUCACAAGGUGAACCGUCCAGUCCAAAAAAGCAUGCCCAACCAUUAGCGUUACUUCCAAAGGCCUUUAUGUUCCAAGCCAUCAGCCCAGUUAACACUACACAUAAGCAGAUUGAAUCAACAAACAUGAUUAAAAAAAACCCUGUUCAAUAACCCCCCUUAGGAGAUAUUAACCCUUGAUUCCAAGAUACGAAAAGGCGCCUCACUGAGACCCUUAUAUUUUUAAAGAUAGUCCCACAAGGUGGUAGCCUCUCGGGAAAACAUUUGUAAUACAGUACAUUCAUGAUUUAACAAGUAAAAUAAAACGAUCUUACCUGAAUCUACACCAUGGAACAGGAACACAGCCCUUCAAGUGUGAUGGAUAGCAGCAUCGCCUCUGCCAUGGACUUGAGAGAAGAAAGCAGGCAGCAGAGCGAAGUUAGACAAUGCUGAUUGCUUGAGGAGCUGUUAAUAUGAGUCAGGAUGGUUUCGCAGAAAGACUCUCCCUGCAUCUCUGGACUCUAACCUUCAUCCAAGCUCUCACUGAGAGACUGACAGGAUUACUUAAAACUCCUGUCCAUUGUCCAAGAGUACUACCCUCCAUAAAAGACCAAAAAAAAUUGACACUUCUCUGCCAACCUCCUGGGAAGAAAGGCAAAGAAUGACUGGGGGAUAAGGGAAGUGGGAGGAUUAUUUAAUCCCUUGGCUGGGGUGUCUUUGUCUCCUCCUGGUGGCCAGGUUCUUAUUUCCCAAAAGUAAUGAAUACAGCUGUGGACUCUUUCCAAUUAGGAAGAAAACUUUAUUUAUCAUUAUCUGUCUAAACCAUUUAAUAUACUUUUUACAGACACUGCCAGAGCACUGAGAGAUAUCAGGUAUUGAUGUAACUGGAGUGAAUAAGGGAACCUUCUUCCUGAGCACAGACAUUGGAACCUGUUAUCAGCAUGAACCCAUAUGUGUUAGACAAUCACUUGAAUGGUUCAUAUCCAUCCUUCACCACAGGAAGCAUCAGAAUGAUACCACAAACUCCAAUAGUCUUAGAUACCAAUGACUAUUCACAAACAUUGGGAAUAUCACAGCAGAUAUCAUUAUGUACAGAAAGUAAUUUAGUCAUCAAACAAGAGGAAAACAUUUAUGACUUAUCUAGUGAAAUUACUAUCCCUGAGGACAAACCACACACAUUUACUGAGUUAUCAAAACAUAGUAAAGAAGGGAAAAGUCUUAAGUUUAACCAAAUGGAUCAUACAAAUAAGAAUCCAUUCAAAUGUACAGAAUGUGAGAAAAGCUUCACAUGUAAUUUGCAUCUCCAUAAACAUCACAAAGUUCAUACAGUUGUGAAACCUUUCACAUGUACAGAUUGUGAGAGAUGUUUUGCAUCUAAAGGAAGCCUUAUGUAUCACAAAAAGACCCACACAGGGGAGAAACCUUUCACAUGUAACGAGUGUGGAAAAAGUUUUACACAAAAGAGUAAUCUAAAAACUCAUGAAAGAAGUCACACAGGAGAAAAACCUUUCACAUGUACAGACUGUGGGAAAAGUUUUACAGAAAGGAGUAAUCUGAAAUAUCAUGAAAGGAGGCAUACAGGAGAAACACCUUUCACAUGUACAGAGUGUGGAAAGGGAUUUAGAGAAAAGAAGAAACUGAACAUUCAUGAAAGGAUUCACACAGGGGAAAAGCCUUUCACAUGUACAGAGUGUGGGAAAUGUUUUACACAAAUGGAUCAUCUGAAAGCUCAUGAAAGAAGUCACACAGGAGAAAAGCCUUUCACGUGUACAGAGUGUGGAAAAAGUUUUACGCAAAAGAGUAAUCUGAAAACUCAUGAAAGGAGUCACACAGGAGAAAACUGUUUCAUAUGUAAUGAGUGUGGAAAAAGUUUUACACAAAUGAGUAGUCUGAAAACUCAUGAAAGAAUUCACACAGGAGAAAAGCCUUACACAUGUACAGAGUGUGGAAAAAGUUUUACACAAAUAAUUCAUCUGAAAAAUCAUGAAAGGAUUCACACAGGUGAAAAAACUUUCACAUGUUUAUAAAGUGGAAAAAGGUAUCUCAUGCCAGUUAGGUAUCACAAAACACCAAAUAUUUACUCAAAAAAUAAAAUUUAUAUGCACAGUGGGGAAACCUCUUAAAAAUUAUCCUAAAGAGGACAAACUCUAAAUAAAAAAUCCUAUUGUAAAAAAAUACUUUCUAAUCCCAGUUAUAAUAGCUCUAGAUUGGAAGUUCUCUCCUGAUGUCCUUUGUUUAUAUAUAUAUAUAUAUAUAUAUAUAUAUAUAUAUAUAUAUAUAUAUAUAUAUAUAUAUAUAUAUAUAAAUAUAUAUAUAUAUAUAUAUAUAUGUGUUCACCUCAGUUUCUCUCAUAUAAAUGUGAUAGAGUCCAAACACCACACAGGAAUAUACAGAUCUGUCCUCAUACUGUCUAGUUUACACAAAUAUUCCCCACCAAAGCACCCCAAGUGUUGUUUAUUAAUAUGCCAUUGUUAGGAGUUGUAUGUUUGUUUUACAUAGGGGAGAAAAUAAUUAAAUUUACAGAAUAAACAAUAAUAAACAAAAACAUCAGUCUAAAAUGAUUGACAUCUGGGAGAUAUAUUUAAUGUGCACAUCAUGUGGAUAAACCUUUUCUUAUAGCAAUAGAUGCUUAGCAUUGUACAUGUUAUAUACCAGAGGAAUUACUGAGGGGAAACUGAUUUUAUUUAAUGAGACACAAUAUCAGUAACCGGUACAUACGUGAUCAUAAGGGAACAUUAUAUGCCUGAUAGAUCCCUUUGUAUCAAGAGCACAAGUGUUAGGUAUAUUUAUAUCGUGUGCACUGUGCAUAUAUCAUGUAAUCCUGCUUUUUACUAUAUAAUUAUAUGUAAUGUUUUUUCAUGCAAAUAAAAAUGAUUGGAAUCCA